UUUCCCCUUGCACCCUUUUUGUCCCCUCACGUUUCCUGCUCUUUUCCCCUCACCUUUCCUUCUGUUUCCUCUCCUCACAUUUCCAGCAGCCCAGAGCUGCACCCAGCGCUGGAGGAGCCCCAGCAGUGCCAGCACAGGGGGACAAUCCCUGUCCCCAUGGCUGGGACAGCCCAGGUGCUAUCCUGGACACACCAGCCCAUCCCCAGCACCUUUCCCAGUGGGAAUAUCCCUUCUCCCAGCUCUCACCCUUUGAGAGAAUAUCUCACCCACAGCUUCAGGGUGGACACAAACAUCUCCUUCCCUCAGCGUCAUGGGGAAAAUCCCUCAGCUCUGGAAUCAUGAGGGAUUGGGAUCCAGGGGUGGUUCAUGGGGCUGUGUCCAAGCCUUUCUCUGCUCUUGCACCCCAUAGAAAGCCCUCCACCUGCUCCUGAAGCACUCGGCCGAUGUCAAUGCCCGCGACAAGCACUGGCAGACACCGCUGCACGUGGCCGCGGCCAACCGGGCCACCAAGUGCGUGGAGGCCCUGGUGCCCCUGCUGAGCACCGUCAACGUGGCUGACCGCACCGGGCGCACGGCGCUGCACCAUGCCGUGCACAGCGGCCACCUCGAGAUGGUGAACCUGCUGCUCAACAAAGGCGCCAGCCCCAGCACGUGUGACAAGAAGGACCGGCAGCCCCUGCACUGGGCGGCCUUCCUGGGUCACCUGGAGGUGCUGAAGCUGCUGGUGGCGCGCGGGGCCGAUGUGGCGUGCAAGGACAGGAAGGGUUACACGCUGCUGCACACGGCGGCCGCCAGCGGCCAGAUCGAGGUCGUGCGUCACCUCCUCAGGCUGGGGGUCGAGGUGAGACCCCGGGAGCUUUGCUGGGGAUGGGAAAAGCGGGGACAGGAGCUGGAGAGGGGCUGGCAGGAGCUCUGGGUGCUUCUCAGCUGCCUUUCCCUUCCUAAAUCCCAAAUCCUCUGGAUGUCGUGGCUUCCACAGAGCUGUGAGCUGAAUUCCAUCCUGAGCGGUGACGGGGGCCCUGGGUGGUUCCCAGCUGCCUUUUCCUUCCUAAAUCCCCAAAUCCUGUGGACUUUGCUGCUCAUAAAGUUCAAGGAACUUUGA